CACAGGACAUUUGAUAGAAACAAAACCAAAAUUCAUACAAGUAGCUGUGCACUUACAUGUCGCGUUAAAUCACAGGUUGUUUUGGUACUUUUCAUAUCGGAACUUUCUGAGCUGUUGCCCCCUGGAUGUGACCAUGGACCCUCUGCUGCCCUUAAACCCGGAGCUCACCGACCCAGAGGCGGACCUGGAGGAGGAAGAGAGGAAGAAGAUUCAGUUCUCUGUACCGUCCACUGUGACUCCUCAACUUGACCCUCGACAGGUGGAGAUGAUUCGUCGUCGGAGGCCCACUCCUGCCACUCUCUUUAGAUUAACAGACCCGCCUUCACCAGAGGAAGACCCACAGCAGUGGGUGCUGACAGACCAUGGAGUCUUGAAGUCCAGAGUGACCCACACCUACCAGCCACCGUCUCUCAAAGUUGUGCAGAAGAUGGCUCAGGCCCACCUCGCCUGUUUACCAUCUAUGGACAAAGACGAUUCUGAUGAAGAGGUUGAGAAAGACUCUGAAGUGCACCAGAAGACUAAAGAACCACAGGGGGAUGUACAGAGACUCCAGGACCGCUCUGAAGAAAGCCAUCAGCCUACUGGUGAAAAAGAACCAUGGGACAAUGGAAGUUUCUAAGAUGAAAAAACAUCAAUAAGGCGGAGGUACUUUACUUUUAAAGAGGAUAUGGUAAAGAAACCUGUCCUAUUCUAAGGGUCAGUUGGCCUUUUUUACGCAUAUAUAUGAAAGCAGCACCAACAAAUAGACUUUUGUGAAGACAAGUUAUGAAUUGUGAUGUCCUAUACUCAGCAUGCUCAUUGGAACAUUGGACAGUUUUAGUAGGCUACUUAUAUCUUAUGCUGUGAUUGAUAAUGUCAGUAUUUCCUGCUUUGACAGUACCACAGUAGA